AUCUGCUAGACCGAAAUAGUACAGCAGCACAAGAACGACAAGAACUACUAAAUCAGUAUGCCUCCUCCAGUGCGGAUCAGCAGACGCAAAGCAGAACAAUAAACUUCAACCCUUCCUUCAGUAAAGAGAUCUCGAUGAAACAACCUGCUGGCAUCGAGAUUGGCCAGUACUGUCACAAGGUUACGCUACACUGUGAGUCUCUGACGAAAUACAGUUUCGUCGCUACCAGACCAGGUUUCGUGCGGCUGACGUAUCCUAUUCGUGCUGCUUCCAGGUUUGCGUCUCUUUCCGUGUUGCGGAAAUCGAAUCUAGAGGAGACGGACUUUAUCAUAGGAAAGUCAUACACUGCGACGGUGAAUUUAGUUCCUCUGUUCUUCUCUAGAGCAGGAAGGGCGACGAGUGCAGCAACCAAUGUUAAGGCAUUGGCGAUGAAUCAAGGAGCCGAUGAAGAUAAACGUGCAGCAGAUAUUGAGGAGAAGAAGCGUGUUGACAUCAAGGGUGCUGGUAACGACAUGAUAUCCGGUGAGCAGCCAGACGAGAAAGCACUUGUUCGCAGUGCGCAGGCUCCAAGCAGUGGACGACAAAAGAAGAAUCUCAUGGACGGCAUUCUUGCCCGCUUGUCUGUUGAACAACGUGCCAUCCUGACUCGUUUUCACAGUUGGUACCAGCCUGGAGUGAUGGAUGCUUUAUCAUCGUCGAGCAGCUCGACAACAGCGCUAACCGCAGCUGGAGAUCGGGAGCAGCAAGCAACGAC